CUGCCACCGAACCAAGAGCUGCCAAGCAACUCCCUCUCUCCCCCUUGAGAGUCUCUCUUCGAAAGCGAAAUGCCUCAAGCAAUCCACACCCAACUUAUCUUCUUGUGGAAAAUCUCACCCCUUAUUGUCCACUAGCCUCAGUCUGCAACGCAGACCAAGGAAUCUCCAAAACCAACAAUCUUUCUUUCGCUUUCUCGUAAACAAGGUAUGAAACUCCAUCCAUCUCCCCUGUUUUGAUACAUCUCUGUUCUUCUUCCUGCUCUGUUUUUCCCAAUGGGGUUUUCUCAGAGAAAGCUCCUCCCAGGAAACAUCUUUAACGAUCCAGAUGAAGCCAUCUGUAAAACUAGUUGUGACCCGAAUCUAAAUAAACAAGGCUUGUGUGAUAAACCUUGCUGCAAAAUCUGCCCAAAAGUCUGUAAAUUUUUUGUGGGUGAUAAUCUUCUACCACCAAAUUUACCAGCUUUUCCUGAGCCACCACCUCUACUACCGCCGCCGCCGCUGCUGCCUGAGGUGGUUGAGACUAGACCAGACUAUACUAGCCAGAAGCAUCUGAUCCAAACAAGUAUGAUAGUUGGGUCCUGUAUGAUCGGGGCUUCUCUUUUUCUCUGUAUUGUUUUUGCAAUUAUGAGAUACUAUUCGAGGCGGAGAAAUCCCAGAAGGAGAAGCUCGCCGAUUCUGUUUGCUACGGCGGAAGAUUUUCUUGAUGAGGAUCAUGGGCCUGUGCUUGAUCACCCCAUUUGGUACAUCCACUCUGUGGGUCUGUCUCAGGCUUUGAUCGAUUCCAUUACAGUUUGUAAGUAUAGAAAAGAUGAGGGUUUGAUUGAGGGGACGGAUUGUUCUGUUUGCUUGAGUGAGUUUGAGGAAGAUGAGAGUCUCAGGCUUUUGCCAAAGUGUAGUCAUGCUUUUCACAUCCCUUGUAUUGAUACAUGGUUGAGAUCACAUAAGAAUUGCCCUCUUUGCCGCGCUCCGAUUGUUUGUGGUGCUGCUAGUGAUCAAGUGGGUGUCCCGGAUUCGAUUGCGAGUGGUUCGGGUUCUGGGGAGAGCAUUCGGGUGGAGAAUUUGGAGAGUGUUGAAGGGAUUGGAAGAGGGACUAGUGAGGUUGGAGGUACAGAUGAUGAGAAUGUCAGUGCAAUUUCUAUUGAUGGAAGGAGUGUUGAAAGUUCAAAGGUUUUGCCCAAUUCUAUUUUGGCUGAGGGAAGUUCUGAUCCAAGAGCAUUGAGCGAUUUAGCGGAUAAUAGACGAGUGACUGAAGAUGAUGUACAACCAAUGAGGAGGUCAGUGUCGGUGGAUUCAGUGUCUGCUACAAGAAUUUAUAAUGCUGUGGCCAAUGCUAUUCCAGAACAAGGAAGUUCGAAUUCCCAAUUAGUACUUGUAAAGAAUCCAAAGUUGGGGAUUGUUCCAAAGCAGGACAGUGCAAGUUCUAGCCUAUCCAAGCAUUGGAGAAGUUCUUCAAAUGGUCUUUCUCUGCAGAUGGUGCCAAUGGCAAUGAAAAGGCCUUUCCCCUCUGGCAGGAAGCUUUUCUCAUCGAAACACAGAAGGACUCUUAGCUCAAUCCUUCCCUUAUGAAGAUGGAUGGCAUUCUCAGUGGCCUCGUGUAUACCUACAUGAUAAACUAAAAGCUCAACGGACUGAAGCUGGUUCUGUAAUGAAGCUUAUCUUGAAGGUUAUGUUGUCAAAAAUUCAAGUUUUCAGGUUCUCAAGGGUAAGAGAGAACUCAUAUAGACCACAACAAGUGUGGUCUGAUGACUUCUUAUGGUGAAUUUACUUUUGUUUAUUAAAGUAACAGUGUCUUGAAGAAAGUAUGUCUGAAAUCUUCCAAGACAAUAUUUACUUUCUAUUACAAAAUUUGUCCAAGUGCUAGUGAUGCAAUAUAAACAAAUUUUCAAUA